UGCCCGUCACGGCGGGCGGGCGGGACCUCCGGGGGCGGUGCGGGAGGGCGGCCCAAGGUCGGAGUGGCGCCCGCAGAUGGAGUACGACUGGCUGGGGUUCGGCUACGCGGCGCUGGUGGCGGCGGGCGGCGUGGUGGGUUACGCCAAGGCAGGCAGCGUCCCUUCUCUAGCUGCUGGGCUUGUCUUUGGUGGCUUAGCAGGACUAGGCGCUUACCAGCAAUCAAAAGAUCCAAAGAAUGUGUGGCUUUCCCUCGUGGCGUCUGGAACCUUGUCUGCUGUUAUGGGAAUGAGAUUUUACAACUCCAAAAAAGCAAUGCCUGGGAUAAUUGCUGGUGCCAGUUUACUGAUGGUUGGACGGCUUGGAUUGCAGAUGAUGGAAAAGCCUCUUAAGCCGUAAGUCUGCAUCAAUUCACUUGAAGACAUGUAAUUGAGAAGCCUGAAAAUGCAACUGCCUACAUGUGCUAGACAAAAGUGGAAAAGGCACUGCUCUCUGUACAUUGUAUUUGCAUAUCCUAACGCAUAAAUGGGUUGUGUUUUUAGAGGGCUGACAUCGAGAGCCUUUGUAUCUUCCAGAAUGGUAUUUCUCUUAAAAAAAUUUCUACAGUAUGAAGGAAGAAAAUAUGAGGUAUAUAGCAUUAGUUUAGCUUUUGUUCCUGCAGCUUGUUGUAGACAAAGGCCUCGGCACCUGAAUGCAGAUAGUUGCAGGAUUGAAGCUUAAAUGGACGUCUGGGAUUGUCAUUCUAAAAUCACCUGUACCCCUAAAACAAAAGGAGAGGUGUUGCCAAUUUGUCACUAGUAAUUAAUAUAACAGACAUGCUUAUUAUGUUACUUCUCCCUUUCUUUGCCAGUUUAUCUGGUCAUCAUGUUUGUCAGUCAGUCAGGGACUUUCUUCUAGCACUGUGUGUUAGAACCUGAACCUACAAAACACAAUCAUGGGGGAGGCUGUCAGGGUUCUGCUGUAAUGCAAUGAAUGCAGACCUGUUACUUGCAAUUAUUUGUAAGCAAAAGUGCCCAGCUAAAUGUCAUUUGUUUCACUUUUAUAGAUUAUUAUUAAUAAAUCAAAAAUAUGCUGUAUUAGACAAUGCUGAAUUGUAGGCAUAGCUCUUGCAUUUCACAAGAAUUAAAAUGUUAUUCUAAAUAAACCAACCAAUUAUUAUUACAAA